UCCGUGACUCCUCGCGAUGGAGGAGAAGCUGCACCGACUCCUCCUCGUGCCCCUCGCCGCCGUCCUCUGCCUCAUGCUCGGCUACCAGUACGUGUGUCCGGCGGGCACCUGCCGGGAGGACCGGCGGCUCCUCCGCGCGCGCGCCCCGGGGUUCGGCUCCACCGAGCCGGGGGCGGACGACGACGAGCUCCCGUCGUCCCGGUUCAACUUCACGGAGCGGGACCUGGACCGGCAGGUGCGCUUCGACAUCCGGGGGGACGACGUGAUGGUGUUCCUGCACAUCCAGAAGACCGGCGGGACCACGUUCGGCCGGCACCUGGUCCGGAACAUCCAGCUGGAGCGGCCGUGCGACUGCGCGUCGGGCGGCAGGAGGUGCGCGUGCCUGCGGCCGGGCCGGCCCGAGUCCUGGCUCUUCUCCCGGUUCUCCACCGGCUGGAGCUGCGGGCUGCACGCGGACUGGACCGAGCUGACGAGCUGCGUGCCCGCCGUCAUGGACCGGAAGGAGCGGCGGAGGAGCAGGAAGAGCUUCUACUACAUAUCGAUGCUACGUGACCCGGUGUCACGAUACCUCAGUGAGUGGAAGCACGUGCAGCGCGGCGCUACGUGGAAAACCGCCCUCCAUAUGUGUGACGGCCGGCCUCCGACGCAGGACGAGCUUCCUGCCUGCUACAGCGGGGACGACUGGACGGGCGUGUUGCUCGCAGACUUCAUGAACUGCCCCUCAAACCUGGCGAACAACCGGCAGGUACGCAUGCUGGCCGACCUCAGCCUGGUGGGCUGCUACAACAUGUCGUCCAUGAGCGAGCUGGAGCGAGGCCGCGUGCUCCUCGCCAGCGCCAAGGCCAACCUGCGCAACAUGGCCUUCUUCGGCCUGACGGAGUUCCAGCGCAAGACGCAGUACCUGUUCGAGAGGACGUUCGGCCUGCGCUUCAUCCGGGCCUUCACCCAGAUCAACAGCACGCGCGCCGCCAGCGUGGGGAUCAGCGAGAAGGUGCGGUGGCGCAUCGAGGGCCUCAACGCCCUCGACGUGGAGUUGUACGAGUACGCCAAGGAGCUGUUCCUGCGGCGCUACCAGUACAACCGCCAGAAACAGCACCAGGAGGAGCGUAUGCGGCGGCGGCAGGAGAGGCUGCAGAGGCACAGGAACUAUCUGGUUGGACUGUGGAGACUGGGAGGAGGAGGCAUGGAGGAGGAGGAGCAGGAGGUGAAGGAGCUGGAAGAGGUGGUGACCACAGAGGAUUAUAGCAGCCAGGUGGUGCGGUGGUGA